AUGCGUCCGAAGCGAUGCAAUGCCUCGUCAUCAUUGUGCACGAACAACCUGCUGGACGUAUACAUAACGAAGUCUGUGCUUCCCCAAGAACACUCUACAAACAAUCACGAACCCGAGAUGGCGAACUUGAUUCCUUCCAGUUUCCUGUCCGAUGUUGCCUUCGCAACGCACAAUAAGUACGUAGGUAUUUCACUAGCUGGCAAAGGCUUCACGGCGGAGGUUUGGUACGCGAUUCCGCGAUCCGCAUUCGGCAGCAUUAAUCAUCCUGCAGAUGUGGGUCUAUUGCGUUCCCAUAUCUGUGCCGUAAAGCUGUACAAGCUGUACUCACCCCAGAUCUAUUUGAAGAACGAGUUACCUGCCAUGAAGCGUCUACAGACCAUUCCUGAUGAGCUUCGCGCACGCUUCACCGAGCCCCUUGACUUUUCAGAGGCGGAAAGUGAUAACGAACGAUGCUGGGUCGCGAUGAAAGCCAUCCCAGGCUUCACGCUGACGCAGCUACGCGGGGCAGCCUUGCUCUCCAAGAAGGUCGUCCCGCAAGAGUUCGUUUUCCACAUGUAUAUCCAACUCCACAAGGCGCUGAAAUUUCUGCAUACGUCUGACCCGCCUAUGACCAAGGGCGACCUAGUUGCAGUGAACGUAAUGAUUGAUCCAUCCACUCAGGACGUUCCAGGUUUUCCGAACAUCAAGUUGAUCGACUUUGGCGGCGCCCAAGUCGGGAAGAUUGGGGUACCACUGUCAAAGCAUGCGAUGGAUUCCGAGUGGAAUUGGAUGUACAGGAUGAUGUAUGAUUUGGCGUUGUUGAACCACACAUGUGAGUACACCAAUGAGUCGGUCUUCACAACUGGGGGCGGGAAUGAGCGCAAUUGUACCCACGAAAUCGACUUCUCUGAUUUCAUAGACACGCUGGGAUAUGCCCUUGCGGCUGGCAGGCGCUUGGAUGAGUCUAACUUGGAGCAAGAGAUGAAUCUUCAGGAACGGCUUCCCCGAGUUCUGAAGAUUAGGAGAGAUUUUGCUUGCCCUGAAGCUCUGCAGGCGAUUGAGCGGCUGCUCGAAGGGACAGGGAAGAGCAUCAACAACAAGUUUCCGACUGAUCAGCAGAUUUUAGACGUGUUGAGCGAGCGCACGUCGACUUCGUCCAGCCGGCUUUGA